AUGAGCAGUACACACAGGCACAACAAUCUCACGGUUUCUCUCUUCACGCACACCACACAAAUAAGAUCCAUCUCAAUUUCUCUCCUUGCACAGAACGCACAAAUCAAAUCACGCACACACCGCAAGCACACUCAAGCAUGGAAAGCACACACCCACAGAAGAGAUCCAUCUCAAUUACUCUCUUUGCACACAACGCGCAUCAUGUGGGAAGUUGGUCAAACACUCACUCGGGCAGGGAACCACGCCCGGGGGAAGCUGGUCGGGCAACGCGGGCGCGCACGACGUGGUCGUCCAGCUGGCAGCGGGAGAAGGCCAGCGACGGACCUCCGGCGCCGCAACUUGCCCUGCACAACGCCGCCUCGCCCGUCCUUUACUGCUUGGCGCCCUCUGCCCUCCACCCGCGCCAUCCAUAGCAGCGUCCUCCGUGCCCUCCUCCAUGCCUCGCGCCGCGCGGUAGGGUUAGGGUGUGUUUGGUUCGGGGACGAAGUGUAA